AUGGAAGCACGGCUGGUGCUUUGGCUGUUCGUUGCCUUCGUAGUGUCCGUCCACGGUCAACGGUUCAAACUUGACCGAUACAAUUCACCGCUAGAUGACUUGAUACAUUCCGCCGGAGCAGCUGCCAAAGAGAGAAGUUUUACCUCAUUCAGGCUACCGAAUACCUCAAUCCCUACGCAAUACACCCUCGAGCUGGAUACGAAUGUCCAUCUGAACCAGUUUUCAUACAGUGGACGAGUCCAGAUCCAGUUGACCACCUUACAGCAAACCAAACAGAUCGUCGUUAAGCACACACACACCAAUCAAGUCGAAGUGGCGUUGGUUGAAUACAGUAUCGAAGUAGAAAGGGAGUUUCUAGUUAUCGACACCAGAGAAGCGCUACCAGCGAACACCAACUAUCGACUGCUGAUUGAGUUCACCAACGUACUACGUACCGAUCUCACCGGAUUCUAUCGAUCGUCAUACCAGGCUGAAGACGGCACAACUCGAUACAUCGCCGUUACUCAAUUCGAAGCCAGCUUUGCACGAAGCGCCUUCCCCUGCUACGAUGAACCCUGGAUUCGGGCUACCUUCGAAAUCAGCAUCAGCUGUGGGCAGUCCUACAAGGCGACUUCCAACAUGCCGAUCGCUGCUAUCGCCAUUCAACCAGACCAGAAGAAGCUUACCCGUUUCCAAGUGACGCCUCGCAUGCCGACUUACCUGGUGGCGUUCAUGGUAACCGACUUCGUUAGCAAGCGUGUCAUUCUCCGGGAGCCCACCCAUCUGACGAUGGAGGUCUACGCGCGAGCUUCCGCCAAGGCCGAGCUCGAUCUGGGACUUGAGAAAGGAGCUGCUACUAUCCGUGCGCUCGAACGGUACUUCGACAUGACCUAUGACCUGCCCAAACUAGACCAGGCCGCCAUCCCGAGUUUCAUGUUCGGUGCCAUGGAAAAUUGGGGCCUGGUGAAGUACGCCGAACGGUAUCUGUUGUACAACGAUCAGACGGCCAGCAAUCGCGACAAAGAGUGGAUAAUUGCGACGAUCACCCACGAGUUCGUUCAUCAGUUCUUCGGAAACCUAGUGACGCCCAAGUGGUGGACCGACAUCUUCCUGAACGAAGGUUUCGCCACCCUGUACGAGUACAUGAUCAGUGCCGAAGUGGAACCGAGCGUUCGCUUCGAAGAGCUGAUCGCCGUGGAAGCCGUCCAGACGGCCUUCUACGUGGACAGCAAGCCCCUCACGAGACCGCUGUCGCACUACGUGGAAACGGAUCUGAUGACAGUGUUCGACACCAUCGCCUACCAGAAGGGCGGCAGUGUGCUGCGCAUGAUGCGGCACGCUCUGGGCGGGAGCACGUUCCAGAAGGGUCUCCGGCGGUACCUGGCCGACAAUCAACACAGCGCAGUGGAUCCGAACGACCUAUUCGAAAGUCUGCAAUCUGCUGCCGAGGAAGACGAGGUCAUACCAAAGGACACCACCGUCGGGGCCAUCAUGAGUCCAUGGGUUUACCAGUCCGGUUAUCCGGUAAUCACCGUAACACACAGCCCCGGCAGCAACGAAGUCGUAUUCAGACAACAGCACUUCUCGGAUGAAACCCCCGAUUCACGUACGUGGUGGGUUCCAAUCAGUUAUCGCCUCAGCAGUCAGACCGUCCGCGAUGAAACUGAAACCCGACGUUGGAUUCCGCAAGGCACCGCACAAAUUUCCAUCAACCUGGACGUUCUGAGCGAUGAGUACCUUCUGGUGAACCCCCGCCAAACGGGGUACUACCGGGUGAACUACGAUGGAGAACUGUGGGGUAAACUGAUCGACAGGUUGAUGGUGGAUCACGAAGCCAUUCCGGCAGUUUCCCGAUCGCAGUUGAUCGACGAUUCGCUGAAGCUGGCGCUAGAUGGGCAAAUAGACAUCGACGUAACGUUCGAGUUGUUCAAGUACUUGAAGAAUGAGGUCGACUACAUACCUUGGUAUACGGCGCUAGCAUCGGACAAUAUCCAGUUCAUCAACAAGGCACUGGUGGUUGAUGAAGCUGCUUAUGGAGUCUUUAGGGCAUUCAUGAACUCUUUGACCGGUCACCUCAUUGGAGGAUUGUUAGGCUUCGCGGAGCACACCAAUGAACCCCACGAGCACCAACACUUCCGAUCUAUGGCAAUCGAAUGGAGUUGCAGGAUGGGUGACCUGAUCUGCAGAGCAGGCGCUCAUCAACUGAUGAUGGCAGAUCUCGAUGGGUCACAGGUGCUGCCUUCCUACAUCAAACACAGCAUCUACUGCGGAGGCCUGAUGGAUGCCACCGAAGAGGAAUUCGUUGCGGUUUUCAAUGCAUACCAACAAACGACCGACUCAUCACAGAGAUCAAUGUACAUCUCCGCCCUGGGAUGCAACGAGAACAAAAAGUUUUUGAUUGACUAUCUCAUACUUGUGCUGGGAGCUGGACAAGAGAUAAGGUUGAAUAGCGGCGAAAACUUGCAAAUUGUCAGGUCGGUGUACUAUAGAUCGAACGUGGGCCACGAAGCGUUCCAGGCCUGGUUGGAGCAAUACAACGAAAGCAUCAUGAAUUCGAAUUUCGGACGGCUAGCAGAUUUCCACGCCAUUUUGGCCGAUGUAGCCAAUCGACAAUCUAAUUUCGGCAACUUCGAACAGCUUAUCGCUCUACUGAACGCUUGGCAGGCCCAGACGGAGGGAGGAAUGAUUAGCAAAUAAAGAGAUAACUACCAUUCAAUGAAGCCUAGAUAAGACAUUUUGAGCAUGCAAUAAACUGCAAAUCUAUAAAUUGACAUAAA